AUGGACCCGAUAUCUAUCAUUGGUCUUGUAACAGAAGUUAGUAAUGUGUUGGCAAGCCUGAUCAAAUAUGGGAAAGCGGUUCAAAGCGCCAGCUCCGAAGUGCGAAAGCUCAGCGAAGAGCUGUUUGCUUUGAAAGGGAUCUUGGAGCACCUGGAUGCCCAAACAGAUGACAGCCCUCAACGUGAAGAGAUAUCUGCGGGGCAAUUUGAUCGUGAUGCCAUGACAAGGGUAUUGUAUACUGCAAACGAGCUCCUACAAUCCCUACUUGCCGAGCUGGAGACCCCAGAAACCAAAUUUAAGCACCUCAAACGCAAUCUUAAAUGGCCAUUUACUCAGAGUCAAGUCAACGAGCAUCUUAUUCGCCUGGAAAGAGUGAAAUCGUGGUUGAUACUUGUUCUCAUCGCAGACCAGAACUCGGCGGAUCGGAGUCUGCAGCAGGAGAUCAAUGACCUGGCAGCCGCUGUGAAAGAAGACUUGCAGAUUCGAGAUCAAGAGCGAAACAAGGCUGCCAACAAAGAGCUGUUCCAAUGGGUGGCCCCUGUCAGCCCAGAAAGCUCUCAUUUGCGAGCGUCAAAGCGGUACCGAAUGAGAACUGGCGGAUGGUUCAUCUCCGGGUACUUGCUGGGAUUCCUCAAACAAGAGAAAGAGCGGACUCUAUUUUUGUUGGGAAAAUCCGGAACUGGGAAAACUACUCUGUUUGCCCAGACUGCAGACAAGCUUACUUCGAUGGCUUCUCAAGACCCAUCGAUGUGUGUUGCUUAUUUCUACUGCACAAUCGGCGAUCAUGCCUCUCAAGUUGCGAGAAAUGUUCUUGGGUCUCUUGUGGCACAGCUCUCUGGGACAGACCCCUCAAUCUUGAGUGAUAUUCGAUUUACGUACAAUAAGGUCCCGAGGAGCCAAGCUCAUAGAUUUCCGAUUGAAACAUCUGUCCUCGAAGCUGCCAUUGUCAAAUGCGCCUCAAAGAAAUCACAGAUUGUACUACUAGUUGAUGCAGUCAACGAAAGUCGUGAUAUGAAUCUCAUUGAGGAAUCUCUUGUCCGGCUUGCUAAUUCCUGUCCAAAUAUCCGCGUUCUUAUAACCACUACAAAUGUACCGAGCUCCACCAAGAUCGACGGUGUAUCAGUCAGGAACAUCAGCCAGGAAAUGAAAGGGGAUAUCAAUAUCUUCAUCCAAUGGCGACUCGAAACUGACGAAAUAUUGAAGAAUCUCACGCCGCAAUUUAAAUCCGAAAUUGAAACAACUCUCCUGCGCAAUGCAGAUGGAUCAUUCCGCUGGGUUCAACUCUCCCUCGACAAUCUGAGCACCCAGCGAUCAGUACGAGCAAUGCGAGAAGCCCUCCGAGCCCUCCCAGGAACCCUUCGAGAAACAUACGCAAACACGCUCGAAAGAAUACCCGCAAACGACAGGAAGAUCGUCCGUGAAGCCCUAUUCUGGACAAGUUACGUCAAACAACCACUCACGCUCCGCCGCCUCAACGAAAUAGUCGUAUUAGACGAGACAAGCAAGGUCCUAGACGAGGACAUGAUGCCCAUCCCCGCACACAUCCUUCUUCAGAUAUGCCAGGGCCUCAUAACAGAAGACCAAGACGGUUGUGUGAUCCUCGCUCACUCAUCCGUCAAAGACUUCCUGACUUCCGACUGGAUCCGCUCGUCCCGAGUGAAAUAUUUCGCUCUGGAUCCGUACACGGCAGAUUUAAGAAUGAUGCAUAGAUGUCUUGCAUACCUCUGUCUUGAUAACUUCUCGCAUGGAUACAUGGCGGCUGAGAGUCCGCUCGAACUGCGCGAGAAACAUCCUUUCUUGACUUACGCCGCCAACUUCUGGCCCGAGCAUGGCUCUGCAUGUGGCUUUUCGAACAUGAUUAUGGUUCAUAAGCUUUUCGAUACGCGAUUUUUGCCUGGGAGAGGCAAUUAUGCUACAUGGUUGCAGAUGCUGUUUCGGCAAAAUUUCAAAAGUAUCGAGGAUAAUGAGGCUAUCGAUGCUACACAUCCUUUGUACUAUGCUGCUUCUUUCGGCAUGGCUCCCGUUGUCAAGUCUAUACUUAAAUCUGAUCCCAAUAUCGAUCUUAAUGCACCCGGUGGUCGUGUUGGGGCUACACCGGUGUGGAUCGCUAGUCUUCGGUUCAAUUUUGAGGUAGUUGAGAUUCUUUUGGAUGCGGGAGCUGAUCCCACUAUUCGGGAUCCUGGUAGCGGUCUUAAUGUUCUUGACCUUUUGAGGAUGGUUCCGACUGUGGGUCGAAAUUAUCGUGGUCUACGGCCUAUUUUGGCUCGUCCGGCGCCUUGGAAGAAAAACGGCAAAGAAUGA